CACCUAGCAUUAUGUGAUAUACACAAUAUUCAAUAUGAAUGCACCCGAAAAUUCCCAAGGCAGCCCAAAUAACUGCUAUUGGCAGAAAAAUCAUAUGCAUAUUUAGAAAAAAUGAUAUACAUUCAUCAUGUAUCAACAUCUGAUCCUCUGAUUCCUCGCUCUGGGAUACAAAAUUUAUAGUGCGAUUUUGGUUUUAAUAUACAAGCGAGCUUCGAGAGAGCCACAAGGGACACACAACAGAUACUAAGGAUGCUUCUUGUUAGAAUUGGAAGGAGCCUUGCAGAAAGAAGGCGAAGUCAAGGCAGAUGCUUGCAAAAUACAUUUCAGAAUUCAUCAGAUGUAUCUCAUCUUUCGAAUCCCAGGUUGGUUGGUGAAGUUUAUCGUGGUUUGUGUUCAUUGAAAUCAUUGCCUGCUUCCCACAAUGUUUGUUCAGGUAAUUCCAUUCAAUUGGAAUUCCUGAAGAGAUAUUUGCAUGGCUUAAGGCCAAGUGAAAUGUCAAGUUAUAACAAUUGCUUAUCAAAGGUCUUGCCAAGGAAAUCUGGGAUUCGGCUCUUCAGUAGUGAAGCUCCAAAGAAGAAGAGUUUUGAAAAUUUCUACCCAAAAAGUAAGAAAGAGUUACCAAAGGGAAAGGAGCGGAAGUCACAGUCCAAAGAUGAAUCAAAUUCAAAUGAGCAAAAGGGCUUUCAGGAUAUGUUUUCCAAGCAAUUUCAGUUUAAUCUUUCACCAAUUUUAUUGAUUGGACUUGCCCUUUCUACUUUUUCAUUGAUCCCUCGAGAUCAAAAGCAGAUAAGCUUUCAAGAAUUCAAAAAUAAGCUUCUCGAACCUGGGCUUGUGGAUCAUAUUGUAGUUUCGAACAAGUCUGUUGCCAAGGUUUAUGUCCGAAAUUCAGUCAAUACUGCUACACAAAGUGACAGCCAGGAUGGUGAUAUACAUCCCCGCCGAACCGCCUCUGGUGUUGGUGGCCAAUAUAAGUACUAUUUUAAUAUUGGCAGCGUUGAAUCCUUUGAGGAGAAGUUGGAGGAUGCCCAAGAAAAAUUAGGCAUUGAUCCUCACGAUUAUGUUCCUGUAACAUAUGUUUCAGAAAUGGUUUGGUACCAAGAACUAUUAAGAUUUGCACCUACAGCACUGAUUCUUGGAUCACUGUUUUACUUUGGACGAAGAAUGCAAGGAGGUUUUGGUGUAGGAAGAAGUGGAGGCAAGGGUGCUCGUGGAAUUUUUAAUAUUGGCAAAGCUAAUGUCACAAAGCUAGAUAAGAACGCAAAGGACAAGAUAUUAUUCAAAGAUGUAGCUGGCUGUGAUGAAGCAAAGCAGGAGAUUAUGGAGUUCGUGCAUUUUCUGAAAAAUCCUAAAAAGUACCAAGAGCUAGGAGCCAAAAUUCCAAAAGGUGCUCUUUUAGUGGGUCCUCCUGGUACAGGCAAAACACUUCUAGCCAAAGCCACUGCAGGUGAAGCAGGGGUCCCAUUUCUUUCAAUUUGUGGUUCAGAUUUCAUGGAGAUGUUUGUUGGUGUUGGACCUUCUAGAGUUAGGAGUUUGUUUGCUGAAGCAAGGCAGUCUGCACCAAGUAUAGUAUUUAUUGAUGAAAUUGAUGCAAUUGGUCGAGCAAGAGGACGUGGUGGUUUAGCAGGAACAAAUGAUGAACGAGAAAGUACUCUCAACCAGUUGCUUGUGGAGAUGGAUGGAUUUGGGACAACAUCUGGUGUUGUGGUGCUUGCAGGCACGAACAGACCUGACAUCCUAGAUAAAGCCCUUCUCAGGCCUGGUCGCUUUGAUCGUCAAAUUGCUAUUGAUAGACCUGAUCUAAAUGGCCGGGAACAAAUUUUUCUCAUUUAUCUAAAGAAACUUAAGCUUGACCAUAAGCCAAAGUAUUACUCUCAGCGGCUUGCUGCACUUACGCCAGGAUUUGCAGGAGCAGAUAUAGCAAAUGUUUGCAAUGAAGCUGCACUAAUAGCUGUAAGGAAUGAGAAGUCGGAGAUUAGUAUGUCACACUUUGAGGCAGCCAUUGAUAGAAUCAUUGGGGGCUUGGAGAAGAAAAAUAAGGUAAUCAGCAAGGAAGAAAGGAGAACUGUUGCAUAUCAUGAAUCGGGUCAUGCAGUAGUUGGAUGGUUCUUGGAGUAUGCAGAGCCACUUCUCAAAGUAACAAUAGUCCCUCGAGGUACUGCAGCAUUGGGCUUUGCUCAGUAUUUGCCAAACGAGAAUCUUUUAAUGACAAAAGAACAGCUUUUUGACAGGACAUGCAUGACUCUUGGAGGUCGUGCUGCUGAACAGGUUUUGUUGGGGAAAAUUUCAACUGGAGCUCAAAAUGAUCUAGAGAAGGUAACAAAGAUGACAUACGCACAGGUUACCUUGUAUGGAUUUAGUGACAAAAUCGGUCUUCUGUCAUUUCCUCAAAAUGAAAAUUCUUUUGAAAUGACAAAGCCUUAUAGUAAUGAAACUGCUGAAGUUAUUGAUAGUGAAGUCCGGGACUUAGUAAAUAAGGCUUAUAGUAGGACUUUGGAAUUAAUUGAAAAGCACAAGAAAGAUGUGGAACAGAUGGCAAAAUUGCUGCUUGAGAAGGAGGUAUUGUAUCAAGAAGACUUGGUUCAACUGCUUGGAGAGAGGCCAUUUAAGUCCAGUGAGCCAACUAAUUAUGAUCGUUUCAAAAAGGGCUUUCAGAUUAAAGGUCUUGAGGAGGGAGAACAAGAUGAUAAAGAGGAAAAUAUUCCAUCAGCAGAUGGUACAGCAGUCCCAACUUAGAAUGGCAGCAGGGAAUCACAUGAAAGCAGAAAAUUGCUUCAGGUGGGGGUGUUCUCUAAAUAUAUCUUGACUAAAUUUGUUCAGCUGGCACUCUUGCUGCUACAGAGCACAGAAGGAUAUGGCCAAAUUAUCUUAAGACAGACUGCUGACAUAUUUUGAAAACAAGUCGAUAUAAUGAGAAGGUUAAAAUGCUGACUAAUAACAAUUCAAGAGGUAUCUUGCCAAAGGGUUAAGAAAGCUGGAUUUUAGAAGGGAAAAAUGAAUUGGAUUUAGGUGAAACAUGAAUUGGAUUUAGGUGAUUAAUUAACCCUACCCUAUGCUGGCAUUCAUUGGGCAUAUUUCUUUAUUCUGGGAUGAUUAUAGAUGACCUUUAAGAGCCUAAACUGAUUGCUUCUCUUAUUCCGAGGGAAAGUAAUAUUGUAUUGAUAAUUACGUAAAUAUUUUUUUUGUUUGGUCAAGAAAUAGAACUUUUAUUUUGAUGUAUUUUCAUUGGCAUCAGAUUCAGCUUAGAACAUGAAUAUGUAGCAGUUUCCAUGUCAAGAAAUUUUUUCUGUGCUGAGAAAUU